CAGCAGUUAUAUAUAAUAUAUAUUUGAAUGCUGCACGUUUACAUGUCUUUUUUUCACAGCAGGAUACUGACUGCGCGUGAGAAGGCCUGCUGUGUGCUUGUCUCACACAACUUCACCACAAACCACAGUGCAGUAGCGCAGUUUAACAGGACAACAGCAACAUCCUCAUUCCUACUUGCUGUGUGUCUAUGUGUCACAACAGUUGGUUUGGAAAUCACUUUGUAAAAAUGCCGGAGAGCUCCGUUUCUAAAUGUGAAAAGACUCAGUGGACAGGAGCUCGACGGACGAUCUGUCUUGUGUUGCUCGUCCUCAUGACCGGAACUGUAAUGUUAACAGUCUACAUUUCAAACCAAGCGCCAUGGUUUUCUUGGACAACAAGCUCAUGGUCAAUCCAAUCUCACAACAAUAUGACAUUUGGCACUGUACAAGAACCUCAUGUGCAAAUCUCACCAGCUGACCCUUCAGCAGAGUUCUUUGUGGCAUAUCCCCACCGGUACACAUUCAUACUGGAUGAACACGAUAGAUGUCGACAGGAAAGCCCAUUCUUGGUUCUUGUGAUCCCAGUUGCACCCCACAACCGAGAAGCCCGUGAUACUAUCCGCAAGACAUGGGGGAAAGAAAGCAAAGUGCUGGGACAAGUGGUCAGCCUCUACUUCUUGUUGGGACUGUCCAAAGAGGAAGAUGGAACAGAAGCCCUUCAGAAGCAAGUGUUAGAGGAAAGCCAGACACAUCAUGAUAUUCUCCAGAGUAAUUUCUUGGACAGCUACAAAAACCUCACCAUUAAAACCAUGGUCAUGUUGGAAUGGCUCAGCUCCCAUUGCCCCAACACGGCCUACGCCAUGAAGGUCGACUCGGACAUGUUCCUUAAUGUCCACAAGCUCGUUGACAUGCUUCUGAAAGCCCCUCGACAUCUUUACAUGACAGGAAAGGUUGCAAGAGGUGCUGCUGUUCUUAGAGACCACAAUUCAAAGUGGUUUCUGCCUGUUUCUGUCUUUUCUAAUCCAACAUACCCACCGUAUGCCCUGGGACUGGGCUAUGUGUUCUCAAUGGAUUUACCCAAGAAGAUAGUGGAUGCCUCUGCACAUGUAAAAGCCAUUUACAUUGAGGAUGUGUACGUGGGAAUGUGUAUGAAAAAUUUGGGAAUUGAAGUUACAGAUCCUCCUAAUGGUGGCUUGUUUAGGACAACAAUACCUUUCCAUAGUGUCUUGAUGAAAUGCUACUGGACCUCUGUCAUUACAACAAUACUAGAGAACUCUAAACAGAUUUCAGACACAUGGAGAAAGUAUCAGACUGAAGCACAAAGUGGCUGCUGAGUACAUCCACCUGUGCCUUACGAGAAUUAUGACUGUUGCAUUAUGUAACUGCAUAGUCACAUUGCACAGCAGUUACAGUAUGACUAAUUGUGAACUGAUGUCCAUUUUGAAACAUGUUCAUGUUUUAUAUGUUUGCGAAGAUUGCACAAAUGAUGUCAAUAGACUAAAGAUUAUAGGACGUUUCAUAGAAUCUAACACGUGUGAUUGAAAUGAGCUUUCACAGGAUUGUUUGCACAUACAUGCUGAAUGUUAACCUCAAUAUUCUAUUUCCAAAGUAAUUUUAAAGCUGUGAAGAUGAAUGAUCUGCCGACAGGGAUAUGAUGUACAAAAUGCAAGAGGAAUUGUUUGGGGGGUUUUCUGCUGCUUUUUUAAUCUUCCAUCUUGACUCAAUGUAUGUCUGGCACGUCAGUUUUAUGAGUGAACAGAGCUCCAGUUAUGAUUUAAAGAAAAUGUAAUCAAGUACUCCUUGAUGAGGUAACUGUAAUCUAAUGGCAGUCAAUUUUUAGAAUCUGAUUGUUACUGUUACUACGCGACCUUGUCACAAAAUGUUGGUGGUGGUGCUCAGAUUUAGAAGCUGGGUACAUGAAAUAAACAAAGUGAGAGCACACACACAGAGUUUAGUUUGUGAAUCCACCUGGAUAGUCUCUGCUUCAGAGACAUUUCAGGUUGUCUGUGGAGGUUUGACCAAUCUGAGUGUCUGAUUGGCUUGUGGAGCGUGACGUGGGGCUCUGUUUUUCUUCCAAAAGUUGAAUCUGGCUCAACUUCUCUCCCGGACGCCGGCGACAUUUUUGCGUUGCCGACUGCCGGUGCGAAAACGCACGACCCCCACUGAAAUAGAACCCCCACCCUCAGCUAUAAAGAGAAGUGAUGCAGGCAUCAUUGACUAUGAUGUGAACAAGCGUAUUGCACACACUGUAUUUUGCAACCUUAUUAGAAAGUAUCUGAUUAUAAUGUCAGGUUGUGAUGAUUUUGUGACUGAUGCAGAGUUACGGAAGAGGAAGUUAUGAACACAGAAGAUGAAACAAUACAAGACUUCCAGAGAAGCUGUUUGAACAGGAGUGAUUCGCUUGCAAAUAAACAACAGCUGCACACCAUGUGGCUUUUAUCUUCGA